CAUAAGAAAUCAAGAACACAAAGAGGAGAGUUUACCUCCAAAAAAAGAUGGCCCCGGCUUCGAUCGCAGCCACCAUGGCGCUCCUCGUCUUGGUCAUGCUCUCCGCCUCUCAUAUUGCUUCCUCAUUUCGUCCUAGUCUUGGUGUGUGCCACGCCAGUGGCUACCUUCCUGGGAAAGCUGGACACUGCGAGAAGAGCAAUGACCCAGACUGCUGCAAGGAUGGCAAACGGUAUCCACAGUACCGCUGCUCGCCUCCGGUCACUGCUGCCACCAAAGCUGUCUUAACGCUCAACAGCUUUGAGAAGGGUAAGGACGGUGGCGGUCCGUCUGAGUGUGACAACGCCUACCACAGCGACAAGGAGAUGGUCGUCGCACUGUCCACAGGUUGGUUUGAGAAUAUGCACAGGUGCGGCCACCGCAUCAAGAUCAGCGCCAACGGCAAGUCCGUCUAUGCUAAGGUGGUGGACGAAUGCGACUCCGUGUAUGGAUGUGACGAAGACCACAACUAUGAGCCGCCAUGCGAUAACAACAUUGUUGAUGCCUCUCCGGCGGUGUGGAACGCCCUGGGUCUUGACCAGAAUGUCGGUAUGGAGGGUAUCACCUGGUCUGAUGAGUAAAUAGCUUGGUAUAUACGUGGGUUGGAACCUUGCGGAUAUGUGUUGGCUCAUAUGGGAUUCAUACAUGUAUUGGUGUAUUAGGGUUUAUGUGGUUUGUAUGGCAGUAGAAAUUUGAUUAUUGUACAUUAAUUUAUAUAACAUUUAGUACUAUUAUUGAGUGAAAAAAUA